AUGAUGGAAGGGCAUUUGCUGGGGAACAAGACGAGGACCCCUAAGAAAACGACCUUUGCCUCCCAUGACUGCCCUCCCGCACUGCCCCCUCGGCUAUGGUGGGGCCUGAAUUACUUCUCAAAACCCAAGGACCGGGAGGUGGGUGCUUCCAUCUCCAGAGUGCCUCCCGUCUUCCACUUUAACCCAAAGCACUUGGAGCGCCUCAAGGACCAGUACCUGAAAAACGCUGCAGCCAGCCUGUCCUUCUCUCAGGAGGUGGGCUGGCAGAGGGGGCUGCCCAGCAUGCCCUACAACCAGUACAACUUUGACCACCUGUACUGCGCCGAGGGCAUCAUGCCGCCGCCUCCCCGGCUCAGGGAGCCCCGCGCUCAGAAGCCCCGGGGCCCAAAGCCUUUCUCGGGUCUCUUAGUGGAAGACGUCAGCCAGGCUGCAAAGCGAGCAAGCCCGGCCAAGUGGCUCAAGAAACCCAAGCCCGAGAGCAAGCGCCGCAAAUCGGUGCGCAUCUGCAUCAGGCGCCAGGAUAGGAAAGCAGACGUCCUGGACGUCCCGCCCUCGCCCGACGAGAGCCUGGAGGAGAGGGAGACCUGGCUCCCCGCGGCGGAGAAGGAGGCGCGGGCCUGGGAGGCCAUGGUGCUGGAGAAGCUGGACCGGCGCACGGCCCGCUGGAUCCAGAGAAAGCACCCCGGGAAGACGCCCCUGUCGCCCAACAAGUGGCAGAACUUCCUGCGCCAGCAGUACGACUGGAGCCACAUCCGGGACGAGCUCACCUCGGCCAGCGACCUGGAGCUGCUGAAGCAGCUGGAGGCCGAGGAGCAGGCCGAGCUCGCGGGGCCCAGCGUCACCCCGCGCCCGGAGGAGACCAAGAGGCCCGAGCUGCUGCUUCCCGUUUACUAUAGGUUACCUGGUUACUCCCCACAACAAGCACACGCAGUAGAAAGCGUACCUGGCAACAAUAUGACAGCCGAGGAUAUCUGCGAGGAGAGAAGCAUCGUCCAGCCACCGAAGCGGAGCUGCUUCCGACGAGUGAACUCCCGAGCCGGCGAGUUUGCAUACGCCACGGACAACGCCUUUGAGCAGGAGAUUUACUUUGAUAAAGUCAAGAUCAUCCACAAGAUUGGCGCGAGGAGGGACCAGAUUUUCCUGGAAAAUCUCAAUCAGUACAAAAAGCACCUAUCUAAGGUCUUCCCUGAAACUGCAGAAAAGUGGAGCUCUCAGCCUGUUCCUGAAGCACCUUGUAGGCCCAAGAAAGGAGCCCUGCGCUGGACUGCCCUGCCCAGCCCAGUCAAGAAUCUGCUGCUGCAGAUAUGUGAGGAAGACGUGCCCAUCAAGACCAGGAGAGUGAAGAAGCAGGCGCAAGUCCCGAAGGAGGACGACGUGACUUGGGAGCUGGUGGUUCUGCGCAGGAUGCUGCAGGAGUGGAAGACGGCCUGGGCCCUCAUCAUCGAAUGGCACCACGAGACAGUGGAGAAUCUCAUGCGGGGAUUAGUAAGCAUGUAUGACGACAUUCGGGUCCAAGCCAUCGUCACAUGUGCCACGGCUGCUUUAGAACGGCCCCGGAUUGCCACUAGCCAGGAGGACUCAGAGCCAUUAAUUCAGGAUUUGCCAGAGGCUCUACUUCCCGCUCUGGAGGCUGCGCUAUAUGACAAGAAUGCCAAUGUGAGGAUGGCAGCUGCAGUAUGCCAAUAUGCCAUACAGUCACAUAAUCCCAUUGCCCAGGACAUCAUGCAGACUGCCCUCGUGAAGGGUAACAAUGUGGAUAGCUGGACUGCGGCUCAGUGCCUGGCUCUGGAAGGUGUUGCAACCUACCCGGUGAUUAAGAGGAUCCUCCACCAGCUGUUUAACAAGUACAGCAAGGCCACUGAGGACCAGUGCUGUGCUCUCCUGAGCCAUAUCAGCAGAAAGACGACCCUGAUACACACAAUGCUUGCUGUGGAGCUGAACAGCCGCCAGUUCAAGGACCGGAUUGUGGCCUGUAGGGCUUUCUCCCGGAUCAGCGGACAUACCUGCAUUGAUAUGAAACGUAAGUUGAUCCAGCUGAUGUGGAAUGACUGGAAUAAGGAAGUGAGGCAAGCAGCCGCCCUCGCGCUGGGGCAGAUGAACCUCGGGAAAGAGGUGCACGACAUCAUCAGGAUUAAGUUGGGUCAAGGAAAUUCCCAGGAGCGUGUCCAGGCCCUCUCCCUGAUUCGUGGGCUCAAGCUCAUGUCCGCCAAGCUUCUCCCAAGCUUCCUGCAGUGCUUUUCUGAUAACUUCAUAGCAGUCCGGCAGGCAGCCUGUUUGGCAGCAGGUGCCCUACAGAUCCGUAACAAGAUGGUGUUUGAAUGUCUUCUGAAUCUGAUGCACAGAGAUCCUUACUGGAAAAUCAAGGCUUUUGCCAUCCAAGCUUUGGGACAAAUUGGACAAGUGAGUCCCCAGCUGACAGAUCUCCUGCUGUGGGCUAUCCACUAUGAAGAUUCACCAGGUGUCCGCCUGGAGGCUUGCCGUAGCAUCCUGGCCCUCAAACUUGAAGGGAACCAGGUCAGGGACACCUUCCUAAAUGUGCUGCUCCUGGAGGACCACGAGGCCGUUCUGAAAGAAAUGUACGAGGCAAUGAAGAUACUCAACUUGGAAAAUGAAGGAAGCCAAGAAAUGCUUCAGGAGAUCAAGAACAGGGUUCAAGCACUAAGCCAAAAGGACUUGCUGGCACAGAAAAUAAUCAGUAUAGAGGUGGCCGUUCGGCGCAUGAAGGAAGAAGCUAAUCGUGUGUACUCAGAACCCAGUGAGGAGCGACCUCCACUGGACCUUUACACUUUUCUCCAUAAAACCUUUCAGAAUCAAGCAGUUCUUCCUGGACCACCAGAGUUUGACAUCGAAGCGGCCAUAAAGGUAAGUGUGACCGUAUUACAGUGA